GGGAAUGGGUUCUUUCCAUCGCUGUUUCAAAUGGAGAAUCAAGGGAGCGACGAGGUGGAAAAACUGAAGACAAAGUUCAUGUCAGUGUGGAACAAUGUGAAGUACAGUUGGGUUCUCAAAUUCAAGACUUCAUUCAGUAGAAAUUCCCCUGUGUUUCUUCUGGGGAAGUGCUACCAUUUUAAGGCUGAAGACGAUGACUGUCUAACUGAAGCCUGCUCUGAAGCCUCCGAUGAGGACUUUGCCAUGGGAAACGUGGAAGCUUUCCGAAAGGAUUUUGCUUCCCGUGUGUGGCUGACAUACCGGGAAGAGUUUCCUCCACUGCCGGGAAGCACCCUGAUCUCUGACUGUGGCUGGGGCUGCAUGCUAAGAGCUGGACAAAUGAUGCUGGCUCAAGCUCUUGUUCUGCACUUCUUGGGCAGAGACUGGACCUGGCCAGAAGCGCUCACACUCCAGCCUUUGGACACAGAGACACGGACCACAACUGCAGCAAAGCGUCUCGUUGCUUCACUGGAGGCUUCCCUGCAAGGUUCCCCCAGGUCCUCUGAUAGUGAACCACCUCCUGCACCUCACGUCCAAGCCCAGGGAUCGGCAGAGGAGGCAGAAGCUCAUUUGAAGGAAAUGUACCACUGCACCCUGGUGUCCUGGUUUGGGGACAUGACCUCAGCUCCACUAGGCCUACACAGACUCGUCUACUUAGGACUGACACUGGGAAAACAGGCAGGUGACUGGUAUGGUCCAGCUGUGGUAGCACACAUCCUCAAGAAAGCUGUCAAAGAAGCGAAGGAGCCUGGCUUGAGGGGUAUAACUGCCUACGUCUCUCAGGACUGCACAGUGUACAGUGGCGACGUUGUGGACUGCCACAAGGCUCCCACAGCAGGAGACACCCCUACUCUAACGCUGAACGGCCACCGAGCUGUCAUCAUCCUCAUCCCUGUGAGGCUGGGAGGAGAGAAGACAAACCCCGAGUAUUUUGACUUUGCAAAGAGCAUACUGAGUCUAGAGUACUGCAUAGGCAUCAUCGGAGGAAAGCCCAAACAGGCCUGCUACUUUGUGGGAUUUCAAGAUGACAGCUUGAUUUACAUGGACCCUCAUUACUGUCAGUCUUUUGUGGAUAUCAGCACCAGCGAUUUCCCCCUCCAGUCAUAUCAUUGCCCAUCACCAAAGAAGAUGCCUUUCAGCCAAAUGGACCCAAGCUGCACUAUUGGCUUUUAUUCCAGGAGUAUUGAAGAUUACGAGAAAAUCAGGGAAGAGCUGUCCAAGUUGCUGCAGCCGUCCACAAAGGAGAAGUACCCGGCGUUCACUUUCAUGCAAGGUCACAGCAGAGAUUAUGACCUGUCGGCAGGCCUCAACCCAGAGAAGCUAGAGUGGCCGUUUCUUCGAGGCGCUCAGAGAACAGUAACCACUUCUGGGGACUUUGUGCUGCUUUGACAGCUCAGUUUAUUAUAAGU